CGCCGCCGCGUCCGGAGCUGCGCCCAGGCCGGCCCGCGGCGAGCGCCCAGGGCGCCGGCAGCCCCGGCCCGCCCUCCCCGCCCCCAACUCGCUCCCCAACGGAAAGUUCGGCUCCGGCGGCGUCUCGCCCGGCCGCCGGGGAUGAGCCGGGGUCGGGGGGCGCGCUGAGCGGCGCGCUGAGGGGGCAACUUCUCCCGGGAGAGCGCCUCCCGCCCGGCCCCGCCGGCCGCAGACCCCGGGCGGGCUCGAGUGGUUUUUCCCCUGCCUGUGCCUCCCCCCCGCGGAUCCAAGAGACGGACCUUGGUCCCCGCGCUCCCGCUGCCGGGUGACAAGAGCCAGCGCCGCUGCUGCCGCCUCGGCCGCCGCCGCCUCCGUCCCUCCGCCCGGCCGCAGCCCCUGCCCGGCCCGCCCGCCGCACCAUGGAGUUCUCGGAGAGGAAGCGGAGCAGGAAAUCCCAGAGCUUCAAACUGGUGAGCCGAGAUUAUCACCAUGAGGUCUAUAAGAUCUCAGAAAUCAGCAACGAUGUUAAUGGGGAGGCCAAAGAGACACAACCCAUUUUUUUAGGAGAUGAAAGCAUGGAAAUUAAAAAACAAAUUACAGGAAUGAGAAGAUUCCUGAAUGACAGCACUGGGAGGAUCUAUCAGCGUGUGGGCAAAGAGGGGGAGAAACUGAAAGAAGAGCCCCAGGAUUUGGAUUCGAUCUGGCCUCAGCGUUUGAACUCUGCGGAGGCCCCACCGAGCCUCCACCCGUCUUCCCGUGGUGUGUGGAACGAGUUACCAUCCCAGAGCGGGCAGUUCUCAGGGCAGUACGGCACCCGCUCCAGAACCUUCCAGAGCCAGCCGCACACCGCCGGGAGCUCCAACGGAGAACUUCCAGCGGUGAGUUCGUCAGCUGGAUCAAACUGCUGUACUUGUAACUGCCAGUCAACGUUGCAGGCCAUCCUCCAAGAACUCAAGACCAUGCGGAAACUGAUGCAGAUUCAGGCAGUUGGAACCCAAAACAGACAGCAACCCCCAAUUUCCCUUAUCUGCUCCCAGCGAACUGCUGUCGCGCGCAAGAGAAAUAAAAAGAAAAAAGUGCCCCCAAAGACUGUGGAACCUCUCACCGUGAAACAGAAGCCCAGUGCGUUAGAAGCUGAGAAGAAGGCGGCGGGGGCCCCCGAGAACCCCGGCCUCCCCGCGGCCGAGCACCCCUCCCCCGGGGAGAGCCGUAUCCUGGGAUUUGGCAUCGUGCUCCAGUCACCGGCCUCCGAUCCAGAAGUGCAGCUUGCUGAAGGCUUCGAUGUGUUUAUGCCUAAAUCUCAGCUGGACUCUAUAUUGUCAAACUACACUCGCUCAGGAAGCCUUCUCUUUAGAAAACUGGUGUGUGCAUUUUUUGAUGACAAGACUUUGGCUAACUCCCUACCCAAUGGGAAGAGGAAAAGAGGACUCAAUGACAACCGGAAAGGACUAGACCAAAAUAUUGUGGGUGCAAUAAAAGUCUUCACAGAAAAAUACUGCACUGCUAAUCACGUGGAUAAACUUCCCGGCCCGAGAGACUGGGUUCAGAUUCUACAGGAUCAGAUCAAGCUGGCCAGAAGACGGUUAAAGAGAGGCUCAGCAGAGGCAGCUGACGGUGAUGAACGGCUGGACGGCGUCUCUCUACCCCCAACAGAUGGAGGCAGAGAAAUGUUUCAGAUGAGAAAAUUGAACACGGGAUGGUAGAACCACCUCAUGGAACUGAAAAGAAUUUCAAGGAAUCUGAGAAAGAAGGAACGUUAGAAAUCAUCUAGUCCCGUCCCUUCUUUUUUUAUCCAGUCCUUUUAUUUUACAGGUAAAAAAGCCUGAGGCCCAGAAACACUAAAUGACUUUCUCAAGUUCUCACGGCUGGUUGGUGGCCUGGCUGGAGCCCAGGCCUCUCAACUCCCAGCCAAUCCACCGUGUAGCUUUCUUAUACCUUCUCUGCAUGUUUCCUAAAGAUCCUAAGAGUUGAUGGAUGUACUAAUCCCUUUAGGAUUCCAUUUCAGUGUCACUCCGUCUUCACAAUUAGUGUCCGUCGUAAGUCUGCCUGAAGUCUGCUGCAGCUUCAGCUCUCGGAUUUCUCCUUAGAUCUUACCCAAGGCUGUGAAGCCCUAAGGAGGAGAGGAGUAGGACACCCCCUGCAGUCUUUUCACUAGACUCCUGAUAGAUAUUUGAUACAAAUCACGAAACAGCAUGCUAAAUGAUACCACUUAUCAUAUCGGAAAGGGGACAAGAAGUCACACAUUGGUGCCCAAAUUUUGUAGUAAUGGAAUUAACCAAUCUUGAUGAGACUAGCAUGUCUCUGGAGCCCCUCUAACAUAAAAUCCAAGUCUGGGGCUUCUCUGAACACAGUGUCACGACUGAGUCCUCCCUCCUUACAUGUCUCCUAAUGAGCCCGUCUGAGGGAUGAAUUCCACCUUUCUUGUAUGUGUAGCUUCCUCCCUGGAUUUGAGACUCACGGGCCAGACCUUCCUCAUCUGGUCUAUCUGAGCUGGCAACAGUUGGUCCUUUUUAAAGAUCUAACAAUGCCUUUAUUAUCUCGUUAAGGUCUUUUUUCUCCUUCCAAAUUCAUGUGUGUUGGGGAGGGGGGGGACGGGGGCAUAAAUCCCCAGGUGUUUCUGUGAACCAGAACCAACCAGGCCAAGGUUACGGUCAGGUGUCACAUGACACUUAUCUCAAUCCGUUAACACUGAAGCAAACUUCUUCUUGUCUAGUUCUAACAAAAAUGGAUACAGGUUUUAUAGUGGAAGAACAUAUUUUCUUAAUUUCUUUUCCCUCCACCCUGGCAGUAAGCAUUUUUGAGCAAUGCCAGGAACCGGCACUGAGUUAGGUCCUGGUGAACAAAUGCCGCCCUCAGGUCAGCAGCAGAGGCUGCUGUGGCCCCGGGGUGGAGACAGCGCUCUGAUAACGGAGGGAAACCACCCAGGAGACGGGAACAUUCUGGGGGGAGAAAACAGUACAGAGGAUGAAAUCGCAACGCAACAGUAUUUCCUACAACUUGAAAAGGGGGCUUCUGAAUUUGAAAUAGAACAGUGCACCGUGCACCUAGGCUGAGCAUUUUUGGUCCUAAAUUGGCAUUCAUUUACAAACUUUUUAGAAAUUAAUACAGAAAAGUGUAAGGAAGAAAGAAAAUGUAAAUUUACUUUUACCACUCAGACACGACCAAUAUUGUUGGGUGUUUUUUCCCAGAAUUUUCUCUCCAUAUUUUAAAAAUUUAUAUGAUGGAGGUCAAAUCCAUCCACUUUUGUUUCCUAAGGUUUUGUUUUGUUUUACCUCCUAACAAGCAGUUUCCAUUUUAUUACGAGUCUCCAUACAAAUUAUUUAAUAGCUGCACGAUAUUCUGUCUUACAGGUAAAUCACAUUUAUUUAGCCAUUUUCCACUCCUGGAUAAUUGAUAUGAACAUACUCUAAUAGUAACCCGCAUUCACGGCUUUUCCUGUAAAGAUCAUCAUUACAGAUUUCUAAUGGCUAAAAUUGCUCAUCUGGCACAUCUAAUGCCUUCGCUAAAAAAUAGUCAUUUAGAGGUGAAACACAGACACCUCCCCAAUGAGGUCCUGUGUCUGGCCGUGUCAUAGCAAAGCGUACAACGCUUCCUUAGAGAAGUGGACCCCUCUUCACUUUCUUGUCUCUGUUGUAGGUCAUAUACUUGACACCAGGAGAGAAAACACGGAAGACACAGAGACAGCUUUCACUGCCUAGACUUCCCUUUAGUGACACUGCUCCUUAGCACAGGCAUCUCCUCCAUUUGAAUUUCCUCAAAGAACCACUAGCACUUCAGGUUACUGCAAAGUGUGGGCAUUCUGUGAAGCUGACCCGUCAUGUUUGAAUAGUUUUCAUACUGUUUCUUUGUAAUAUGUGAUGAUCGAGCUGCCAGUUUGGUCUAAGAUUUUUAAAAAUCAUCUUUAGAGUUGAAUUUUCAGCCUUUAAAUGUCCAACAUAUCACUCGGUUGGUUCACUGUCCAUUAAAAAGCAAUUUUAUUUUCCUUUUUUUUUUCCCAAUGUGAAUAUGGUGUAGAGUUUUGAAGCAUAUUUAUUUUAACGUAAAUUGCUUAGAUGCAGUAUAAAGAAGAAUGGCUCUUUCAGGACCAAAGUAACAGUUGUGAAGCCCAAAAUUAAUUAGAACCUUCAAAAGCUUAGAAGGUGGAAAAGUUGUUUUGGGAGACAGGGCAGCUCUGAUCUAUUAGAUGAAAUCAUUUGUGACAUCAUUUCCGCCCAAAAAUAAUCAUUUGUCACUGAUACGUGCGAGGGAUACAUGAAUUGUUAGAAAAGAAAAAUCUUUCACGUAGGUUGUGUCAACACAGCGACAAAAUAACUAAUUAAAAGGUGAGAAACUCAAAGUAGCCAGCUUUCCACAUGAUACCUGACAACUAUUUUAACAGAUGGUUUUAACUGAGUGGUCCAGUGUCGUAGCACCGUGUGGCAAGCGGCCACACAUGUACUUAAUCUUAUAUACAUCAUUUGGUUCUAGUACACUUGCCCUCCACUUUAUAUAAAACCAACAAAUGAAAAUGUGGAUUCGUUUUAAAGAAAUAUUUUGGAAUGUAGGUAUUUAUUUUGCAGAGAUAUUUGCCUCCAGAUUCCUUUCUCUAGUAAGGUGGUGAAUUUAAGAUACCUGUUUAUUUGGAUGCAUUGCAUUUACACUUCAUUUACUGUAUAAAGCAAACUGCUGUGAAUCUUUGGCACUUGACCCAGAGACCAGAAUUGGCUUGAAAGAAAUCUGGACAGUAGAAACACCAAACCCCGGGGGGGCGGGGGCAGGGGAUGCUGUGCUAUCAUUUAACUCAUGUUAAAUGCACGUAUUUUAUCAAAUCAGAGAGUGUAAGAGCUCAGAGAUACCGUUCAGGUCCCUUAGUCCCACGCUCUCAUUUUGUGGCGAGGCAGCUGAGACGUGAGGCUCACGGUUGCCCAGGGCCAGGCAGCCACCCAUCAGGGCUGACCAGCUCCUUCCUACCCUGUCCAAGGUACUUGUGUCACACGUGUCGGGACAGCUCACCCUGAGCUAGGAGGGGAGCUCUGGGGUGAACCAGCAGCCACCAAAGUUCAGCGAAUCAGCCCAAGACCACAGGCGGCAUCCCUGUAAUGUGACCGAGCUGGCCUGGCUGUGGCUUGUGGACUCCACCCAACGGCUAGAGAGCUACAUCUCUUGCCCCUGUGUCUUCUGUCUCUUUUUUUGGAGCCUCAGGGAAGGUUCAGAUUAGUGAUUUCCAUCACAGGUUUAGUCAUUAGCCUUGUCGAUUUCAGGCCCGUUAGUAACCCGUUCCCUGAGGCCAGCGUCUCUGUUCAUCAAGGGGUCUGAUGAAGCACUGUGAACCCAGGCUUUUGUUUCUCUGCAAGGUCUGUUUUAAAAUAUGUCUUCUGCCUCUCAGAAAGAAGUCUUUCUCAAGGGAAUUGAAAAGAUUAAUUUGUGACCUUUCAACUCUGUUACAAUAAGAUGAAUAUGUUGUGAAUAAAGGUAGAAACAUUUACGUUACAGCUGUGGAAUCUGUUAAAUAUGCACCAUGAAUCUUCAAAGCACUUCCUGCCAAGACUGGGCAAGAGCUUGAACUUUUCACUACUUGAGGGGCGGGCAGGGAUUGUUCAGCUCACAGAUAUGUGCAAUGGAUUCACAAAUUGGAAAUACAUGUUGUAAAACUGCAACAGUAAAAUCACAUUUUGUAAAUUAAAGCUGUGUGUUUACUUAACUGUGACUACUGUUCAGACUUUAUUCAGAAAUCCUUUUUAUAGGCUUUCUUAGCAAAAACAAAAAGAAUUAUUCCAUAUCUGUGGAUAAUGUCUCAAUCUUCUGUAUAUAUGUUUUAUUAAUAUGUAAAUAUUUAGAUUUUUUAAGAUUACUAUGUUCUUUAAAAAAAAAUUCAACGCAAGGCUAGCUGUGAAAAUGGUGUAUAACGUGUUGUGGUAUGAAUUCCCAAGACGCCCUUUACGUCUGU